GAGUUCAGACGUGUGCUCUUUGGAUCUGGGGGUGCACUUGUGUGGUGGGAACCUACACGGAGUGUUUGUGGCUGAGGUGGAAGAUGACAGUCCUGCCAAGGGUCCUGAUGGCCUUGUGCCAGGGGACCUCAUCCUUGAGUAUGGCAACCUGGAUGUGCGCAGCAGGACAGUGGAGGAUGUCUAUGUGGAGAUGCUGAAGCCUAAGGACAAUAUUCGCCUGAAGGUGCAGUACCGCCAGGAGGAGUUCAACAGAGUCCAGGGCCUGCCUGGUGACAGCUUCUAUAUCAGGGCCCUAUAUGACCGUCUGGCAGAAGUGGAGCCUGAACUGAGUUUUAAGAAAGAUGACAUCCUGUAUGUGGAUGACACAUUGCCCCAGGGAAUGUUUGGGUCCUGGAUGGCUUGGCAGCUGGAUGAGAAUGCCCAGAAGAUCCAGCGUGGGCAGAUUCCCAGCAAAUAUGUGAUGGACCAAGAGUUCUCAAGGAGGCUCAGUAUGUCUGAGGUCAAAGAUGACAACACAGCAAAAACACUGUCGGCAGCUGCACGUCGGUCCUUCUUCAGAAGGAAACAUAAACACAAACGCAGUGGGUCCAAAGAUGGCAAGGACCUGCUCGCUCUGGAUACCUUUUCCAAUGACUCCAUUCUGCUCUUUGAAGAUUCGGUGAGCCUGGCCUAUCAGCGGGUCCAGAAGGUGGACUGUCCCUCUCUGCGGCCGGUCCUUAUCUUGGGGCCUCUACUGGAUGUGGUGAAAGAGAUGCUAGUGAAUGAAGCACCUGGCAGGUUCUGCAGAUGCCCGCUCGAGGUGAUGAAGGCUUUACUGGGGUUUGAAAAGCAACAGGGCAGGAAAGCUUCCAGAGUGGGAAGCUGGAUAAGACAGAAGGAAAAGUCACACUUUCAGAAAUAG